AUGAAUGAACUGGAAAUCCUAAGAAAUAUCUUUCAGUCUAUACGAGCUUCCAGGGCUUAUCAGAAUUAUUUAAGAAGCUACUUAAUUGAGCUGGAUAAAAAGCUUAAAACAAUAUCUAUUAUAAAACGCCAAAAAAACAAAAAAAAUACCCCAGAGAAGCCAAAAAAGCCACCAAAGCCAAAAAUCCCGAUUCACCCUUGUUUCAAACUUCAACAAUUUCUAAAGAAAUUUAAAACUCCAUCACUGCCUUCCGCAAAAGAGUUUUCUGCAUCAGAGCUUUCAACAUUAAAAACUUCCUACGAUAAGCUAGGUCCAAACUGAAUAGAGAUCUCAGUAUUAUUAAACAAGACAAAAAUAGAUUGUUUCCGCAUGCACGAAAAGCAUUAUAUAAUAGAUAAUUAAAUACAGCAUAAAUGAAUUAAAAAUAAGCCAAAGAAUCGCAAGGGGGAAAUUAAUUAAAAACUGUAUACAGAAAAUCACCUGUUUUUAUUCGGACUUUAUCCUGAUCUAAAGAUGAAGAUUUCCAGCUUCAUCAUGCUGUAGCAAAAUAUGGAAUAAAUAAUUGACGGGAAAUUUCGAAUUGUGUAGACGGGAAAACAAAUUCGCAGUGCUAUCAUCGAUGAAUGAAGACAAUCCACCCAAAUAUUCAUAGAGGAAAGUGGGAUAAAGAAGAAGACAUCAAGCUUGCACUUGCUGUAAAAGUAUUUGGAGGCAACUGAAAUUUAAUAGCUGAAUAUGUUCCACAUAGAACUGAUAUUCAAUGCCGAGAAAGAUAUUGCAAUAUAUUAAGCCCUGAAGUAAAUUCUGCAAGUUGGAGUGAAAGCGAAGACAUUAGGCUGAUAUUAGGAGUCUGCUAUUUAGGGAAACGCUGAAGCAAGAUCGCUAAAUUAGUUAAAUUAAGGACUGACAACCAAUGCUGGAGGAGGUUUAAAAUUCUGGCGAAAAGAUCAAAACUACUAUUUUCUUUAAGUGCUCUUACUAUUUUACAGCCAAAGAUUCCAAAAAAAAUCAAUCCGGUUUUGCAAAAAAUGCAUAUACUAAGAAGCAAGCUGAAUAAAGUAAUUAAUUCUUGCGUUUAA